GUCCUUUGUGUUUCACGGCGGAGCCACGCCCCUUUCUCCCAAGAACGACCCACUCCUCUGUCACCUGCUGGAGAUGCUCCCUGUCCCAAUUCCCGAUCCCAUAGAGAGUUUUGCUCAACAGGUGUCAGGUGUGAAGUUGCUGGGGUGGGGGGUGGGGAGGAAGAACGUAGUGAAAACGGGGCCAAGAUCUUUGCCGGACGGUAUCUGGGAGCUGGAACAGCCGCGAGCCAGAGGGCUAGCCGUCCUGAUCCCUGAAACUCCUUCAUUCUUGGCACUCCGGGCUCCUCACCCUAGAUAGAACUCUGCUGUUCUUGCAUUUUUCCUGCUUAGAAGCUUGUCUACUGGACUUUUGUAAUAGCUCUUCCCCUCGGUACGAAUAUGGGCAAGACUUUUGCCCAGUAUAGGCUUCAGUUACCACAUGUGUAUAAAGGAGAAGAGAGAUGAAGGAGAUGAUCUCCAGGUCCCCUGCCAGUGACAACAUUUCUGUGAAUCUGGGUGCGUCAACUCAGAGCAUAAUAGAAAGGGCUGUGGUCUCAGCCAGGGCACUUCUGAAUCUGAGAUUGGAUUACUUCCAUGGCAGCCACAUCUGCUGACUCACGGACCCCAACGUCUUUUUUUCACAUGCAUUGUUAAAGUUGAUCUCCCCCAUCCUGUAACUAUUGCCCUUUUUAAAAACAACGACUAAGUACAGGAGUUUGCAUUUAUCCCUGUUAUAUGUAUAAGAUAUGGCCUUUUUUUUUUUUUUCUUUUCCCCCAGUUUGUCAAGAGAUUCUUUUCUGUGUUGAAUCUCAUGCAUUAAUUCUCCCUUGAAACUUCUUGUCAUUUUUGAGUUUGGUCAGCAGGUCUUCAGUGUCAGCUUCUGAUAUUCCUAAAAGUACUGAUCAGUAAAGAAAUAUACAUCACACCACCACAGACCUCCCUCCAAACUACCAUUUCCCCCAGUAAUAAGCAUUUCACCAUUUAGUUGCUUAAGUGGGUAUAAACUCUCCCUGCCAUCUGGUCAGUGUUUCUCACUUGGGUGGCUUGAAGACCUUGGCAGCUGGAGCUGGAUCUUGAAAGGCAGCCUUUAGCUUUUGUGAGAAGCAGAGAUAUGCCGUUCUCUUUAGUCAACAUUUACUGAGCAUUGCCUGUGCUAAGCAUGAGGAUAGUAAAUGACCUGGAGCUUGUGUCUAAUGAGAGGCUGACAGAAAAACAACUAAAUACUCUCAAUACAGAGGAAUCCUUAAAAGUUAUGGGGGGCACUGACUUGGCUUAACUAAUGGAGCUAUGUGGGUGAGCCACACAUCAGAGGUUUCAGGGACUAGCUGCUGUAUAAGUAGGGCCUUGCAUGAUAAGUAAGAUCUCCCCAGGGGAAGCUGAGCAGGGCCUUUGUACAGUCCAAGAGCACAGCAAACACCAAACCACAGAGGUGGGUUUGGGGAUGGUGACUGGGUUUACUGAAGCAGUCUCCAUCAUACUGGGUUCUGACAAGGACUGCGCCAGCUUAGCUGUAUCUUCGGGUUUUUCUGAGCAAUACUGAGUGCCCCCUUGUGUUCUGUAGGGGAGGAACACAGUCCAAGGUCCUUUUACUCUCAGAAGAUGGGCAGAUCCUGGCAGAAGCAGAUGGGCUCAGCACAAACCACUGGCUGAUCGGGACAGACAAGUGUGUGGAGAGGAUCAACGAGAUGGUGAGCAGGGCCAAACGGAAAGCAGGGGUUGAUCCUCUGGUACCGCUUCGAAGCUUGGGCCUAUCCCUGAGCGGUGGGGAGCAGGAGGAUGCGGUGAGGAUCCUGAUGGAGGAGCUGAGGGACCGAUUUCCUUACCUGAGCGAAAGCUACGUAAUCACCACUGACGCCGCUGGCUCCAUCGCCACAGCUACACCUGAUGGUGGGAUCGUUCUCAUCUCUGGGACGGGCUCCAACUGCAGGCUCAUCAACCCCGAUGGCUCUGAGAGUGGCUGCGGUGGCUGGGGCCACAUGAUGGGGGAUGAGGGCUCAGCCUACUGGAUUGCACAUCAAGCAGUGAAAAUAGUGUUUGACUCCAUCGACAACUUAGAGGCAGCUCCUCAUGACAUUGGCUAUGUCAAACAGGCCAUGUUCAACUAUUUCCAGGUGCCAGAUCGGCUUGGAAUCCUCGUACACCUGUAUAGGGACUUUGAUAAAUGCAGGUUUGCUGGGUUUUGCCGGAAAAUUGCAGAAGGUGCCCAGCAGGGAGACCCCCUUUCCCGUUACAUCUUCCGGAAGGCUGGGGAGAUGCUGGGCAGACAUGUUGUGGCAGUGUUGCCUGAGAUUGACCCAGUCUUGUUCACAGGGGAGCUUGGCCUCCCCAUCCUGUGUGUGGGCUCUGUGUGGAAAAGCUGGGAGCUGCUGAAGGAAGGUUUCCUUUUGGCGCUGACGCAGGGCAGAGAGAUCCAGGCUCAGAACUCCUUCUCCAGCUUCACCCUGAUGAAGCUGAAUCACUCCUCUGCUCUGGGUGGGGCCAGCCUAGGGGCCCGGCACAUUGGACAUCUCCUCCCCAUGGACUACAGUGUCAACGCCGUUGCCUUCUACUCUUAUACCUUCUCCUAGGGGGUUGGCCCUGGCUCCACCCCCUCCAUGCCCAGUGGACAUUGGGUGCUGGAAGGGAGGGGACUCUUUUUUCCUUUUUUUUUUAUUAAAAAAAAACACAUAUAAAAGAAAAUAAAUGCACUUUACCCACUCUCCAAUUGGAUUGUGUUGUGAAGCACACUUGCUGUGUACAUUCAGUGCAUCUGCCGGCAGGGAGCCCAGAGGACUCUGGAAUGGUUUUGGCCUAGGGUUUAAAGCCCUACUCCCAGGUGCUCGGCCUGUGGAUUAGAGUCUGCUUCCCUGCAGUUGGAUGAAUAAUUGAUCCGCGUGCCACUCCCCCCAUGUUAGCAUACUUCUGCCAGUUAACCUGUGACCUCAGUUUUCUGUCAAAGUGGGUAGUCUCUGCCAGAGCAUUUUCAAUGAAAUUAAAUGUUUUCCAUGCAAAA